GCGAGGCCAGGCAGAGCCCCGCGCAGCCAUGGAGUCGCUCCUGCUGCCGGUGCUGCUGCUGUUGGCAGUACUGUGGACGCAGGCAGCUGCCCUCAUUAACCUCAAAUACUCGGUAGAAGAGGAGCAGCGCGCCGGGACGGUGAUCGCCAAUGUGGCCAAGGACGCGCGCGAGGCGGGCUUUGCUCUGGAUCCACGGCAGGCCUCUGCCUUCCGUGUGGUGUCCAACUCAGCUCCGCACCUGGUAGACAUUAAUCCCAGUUCGGGCCUGCUUGUCACCAAGCAGAAGAUUGACCGCGACCUGCUGUGCCGCCAGAGCCCCAAGUGCAUCAUCUCGCUGGAGGUCAUGUCCAGCUCAAUGGAGAUAUGCGUGAUUAAGGUGGAGAUCAAGGACCUGAACGACAAUGCGCCCAGCUUCCCAGCGGCACAGAUCGAGCUGGAGAUCUCCGAGGCAGCUAGUCCCGGCACGCGCAUCCCGCUGGACAGCGCCUAUGACCCGGACUCAGGCAGCUUCGGCGUGCAGACAUACGAGCUCACGCCUAAUGAGCUGUUUGGCCUGGAGAUCAAGACGCGCGGCGAUGGCUCACGGUUUGCGGAACUUGUGGUGGAGAAAAGUCUGGAUCGCGAGACACAGUCGCAUUACAGCUUUCGUAUCACCGCACUCGACGGCGGCGACCCACCGCAUCUGGGCACUGUUGGCCUCAGCAUCAAGGUGACCGAUUCCAAUGACAACAACCCAGUGUUUGGCGAGUCCACCUAUGCAGUGAGCGUGCCAGAAAAUUCACCUCCCAAUACACCUGUCAUCCGCCUCAAUGCCAGCGACCCAGACGAAGGCACCAAUGGCCAGGUGGUCUACUCCUUCUAUGGCUAUGUCAAUGACCGCACACGUGAGCUCUUCCAGAUUGACCCACACAGUGGCCUGGUCACAGUCACCGGUGCCCUAGACUACGAAGAGGGUCACGUGUACGAACUGGACGUGCAGGCCAAGGACCUGGGGCCCAACUCCAUCCCAGCACACUGCAAGGUGACCGUCAGCGUUCUCGAUACCAAUGACAACCCGCCGGUCAUCAACUUGCUGUCAGUGAACAGUGAGCUGGUGGAGGUAAGCGAGAGCGCCCCCCCGGGCUACGUGAUUGCACUGGUGCGGGUGUCUGAUCGGGACUCUGGCCUUAAUGGGCGUGUGCAAUGCCGUUUGCUGGGCAACGUGCCCUUUCGGCUGCAGGAGUAUGAGAGCUUCUCCACUAUCCUAGUGGACGGACGGUUGGACCGCGAGCAGCAUGACCAGUACAACCUCACGAUCCAGGCGCGCGACGGCGGUGUGCCCAUGCUGCAGAGUGCCAAAUCCUUUACAGUUCGCAUAACAGACGAGAAUGACAACCACCCGCACUUUUCCAAGCCUUACUACCAGGUCAUUGUGCAGGAGAACAACACACCUGGCGCCUACCUGCUUUCCGUGUCCGCCCGAGACCCCGACCUGGGUCUCAAUGGCAGUGUCUCCUACCAGAUUGUGCCGUCGCAGGUGCGGGACAUGCCAGUCUUCACCUAUGUCUCCAUCAACCCCAACUCGGGCGACAUCUACGCGCUUCGAUCCUUCAACCACGAGCAGACCAAGGCAUUCGAAUUCAAGGUCCUGGCCAAGGAUGGCGGCCUGCCUUCGCUGCAGAGCAACGCCACGGUUCGGGUCAUCAUCCUCGACGUCAAUGAUAAUACCCCGGUCAUUACUGCCCCACCCUUAAUCAAUGGCACUGCGGAAGUCUACAUCCCCCGCAACUCUGGCAUAGGGUAUCUGGUGACCGUGGUCAAAGCGGACGACUACGACGAGGGUGAGAAUGGCCGUGUCACCUAUGACAUGACCGAGGGUGACCGGGGCUUCUUUGAAAUAGAUCAGGUCAAUGGCGAAGUCAGAACCACUCGCACCUUUGGCGAGAGCUCAAAGGCUUCUUAUGAGCUUAUUGUGGUGGCCCACGACCACGGCAAGACGUCUCUCUCCGCCUCUGCACUAGUCCUAAUCUACCUGUCCCCUGCUCUUGACGCCCAAGAGUCAAUGGGCUCGGUGAACUUGUCCCUGAUUUUCAUUAUCGCCCUGGGCUCCAUUGCCGGCAUCCUCUUUGUCACUAUGAUCUUUGUAGCAAUCAAGUGCAAGCGAGACAACAAAGAGAUCCGGACCUACAACUGCAGUAAUUGUUUAACCAUCACUUGUCUCCUGGGCUAUUUUAUAAAAGGACAAAACAGCAAGUGUCCGCAUUGCAUCUCGGUUUCUCCCAAUAGCAAGGAGCAAGACAAAAAGGCAGAGGAGAAAGUGAGCCUAAGGGGAAAGAGAAUCGCCGAGUACUCCUAUGGGCAUCAAAAGAAAUCAAGCAAGAAGAAAAAAAUCAGUAAGAAUGACAUCCGUCUGGUACCCCGGGAUGUGGAGGAGACAGACAAGAUGAACGUUGUCAGUUGCUCCUCCCUGACUUCCUCCCUCAACUAUUUCGACUACCACCAGCAGACACUGCCCCUGGGCUGCCGUCGCUCAGAGAGCACUUUCCUGAAUGUGGAAAACCAGAAUACCCGCAAUACCAGUGCCAACCACAUCUACCAUCACUCUUUCAACAGCCAGGGCCCCCAGCAGCCAGACUUGAUCAUCAACGGUGUGCCUCUGCCUGAGACUGAAAACUAUUCCUUUGAUUCCAACUACGUGAACAGCCGAGCCCAUUUAAUUAAAAGCAGCUCUACCUUCAAGGACUUAGAAGGCAACAGCCUGAAGGAUAGUGGUCAUGAAGAGAGCGACCAGACUGACAGUGAGCAUGAUGUCCAGCGGAGCCUGUAUUGUGAUACUGCUGUCAACGACGUGCUGAACACCAGCGUGACCUCCAUGGGAUCUCAGAUGCCUGACCAUGAUCAGAAUGAAGGAUUUCAUUGCAGGGAAGAAUGUCGGAUUCUUGGCCACUCUGACAGGUGCUGGAUGCCCCGGAAUCCCAUGCCCACCCGCUCCAAGUCCCCUGAGCACAUGAGGAAUGUCAUCGCACUGUCCAUUGAAGCUACUGCUGCUGAUAUUGAGGCUUAUGACGACUGUGGCCCCACCAAGCGGACUUUUGCAACCUUCGGAAAAGAUGUCAAUGACCCCCCGGCUGAGGAGAGGCCUGCCUUGAAAGGCAGGAGAACUGUCGAUGUGACCAUCUGCAGCCCCAAGGUCAGCGGUGCUAUCCGGGAGGCGGGCAAUGGCUGUGAAGCUAUUAGCCCUGUCACCUCCCCCCUGCACCUCAAGAGCCCUCUGCCCACCAAGCCCUCGGCGUCUUACACCGUUGCCCUGGCACCCCCGGCCCAUGAUCUGGAGCAGUAUAUCAACAAUGGCCCAUCUCGUCCCUCUGAAGCUGAACCCCGUGGAGCUGACAACGAGAAAGUCAUGUAUGAGGUCAACACCACUCUGAAGGAGGGUCCUGACAAAGGGUCUCCUGGUGUGAAGCGUCUGAAGGAUAUCGUUCUCUAAAGCAGUCUCGGGGAAGAAGAGGGAGAAACCAUGCUGGUUAUCGAGGAAGCAGGAGCUGAUUGUUUUGAUUGCUCACCAAUGGUUGGUUCUUGAGUGGUUGUUAUUUCAGAGCUUUCCCUAAAUAUAUUGUUUAUAAGUGACUGUUAUUCUGUGACAAUCCCUCUUGUUUCAACAAGCAGCAGGGGUGUUCAGUUGAAGCAAAUUAGCUUUGGCUUGGGUUGUUCAUGGGGCCUUGAUGUUGGGGAAACAGAGACAAAUUCAGUUGUGAAAAGUAUUAUGUAUGAAGUGUUUGAAUUUAUAUAUUUUUCUAUGUCAAAAUUAUAAUAUAAAUUACCAUUGUCUGUGGAGGAUUACAUUUAAAAACAACAACAAAAACAAAAAAAAGAGAAAGCUCUGGACAUCUUUAAUAAGCUUGCCACUGUUUUAUAGUGUAGACAAGUUAAUGGUCAUUUAUUGUGUACUAUUCAUUGAUUCAGUGAUGUGAAAUUGAGCCCCCAAAAGGUUGUUUCUGAAGCUUGAGUACUUUCCAAUGCCACUACUUUGCUGUGGACACCCCUGCUUUAAGAACCCUUUUGCUAGCUGUGCUAUUGUUGUAUUUGAUAUUGCAAAUUGCUAUGUGUGUGGUGAUAGCAAAAGGCUUUUAGAAGUUGGUUUUUUUUUUCUUAAAAAAAUAAACUAUAGACAAAAACAAAGUGCAAAAAACUGAGAUGGCCAGUGAAUGAGCGACACCACACAUAUAGAUUGAAAACUUGGAAGAUACUCACUCAUGGAGGAUACCCAUGUACUGGUUACUCACCACCUUGCAGAGUAUUUCUCCUGCCUUUCAGUCUUCUGCCCUUAUCAGUGAUAGAUCAUUACAGAAAGUCAUUUUUGGAUAUUCUGCUGUCUAAUUUGCAGUUGUCAGAACUACUGUGCUGAAAGUUUUAUGGCAUCAUUCUUUAAAAUUUUCAGGCCCUGAAUGGGAAAGUUGCUCCUGAAGUUAUCAGUUUCCAGGCUUAGAAAUUCCCUGUCUCCAAUCAUCUAAAACUCAAAAAGACUGAAUCUAUUUUGAGAUCUAAAUUAGCAUCUUUUCCGACACACACUUCCUGAUUCAAUGUUUCCCAGCCACAAUUUGAAUUAGACUGCAAAGCAUGUUGGGGGCUGGAAUUGAGAACUCCAUGUUGCUCUGUAUUGUUGGAUAAUAAAUAGGAAUAGAGUAAGCAGUACAAAGUGUACAUUUAGGAAAAGAUAGGUGACCAGUAAUAGCAUCACUAAUCCAAUUAUUGUGCCUUCUAAAUGGAGACACUUGGACACUUGAACUCAUCUUUUUAUGACUAAUACUUCUUUUUAAAAUUAAAAAUGUGAACAGGAAACUAUUGAAAAUCCUUUAGAUUUAGCUUACUCUUUGCUGUAGGCUAAGAAUACACCUUUUAUUACUAACAAGUUUGUUACUCACAUUCUUUUUUUGUUUAACAUUUCUCCAACUCCCCCAUUUAGUUUUUAUUAAUAUUUAGUAGCCAACAUAGUAUUCUUGCAGCCUUAGAGUUCAUUAUUUAAAACUAAACAGAUAUGUCACAUUUGCUCUGCCUUAGUCUUAAAGAAGUUGUUUCUAGAGCAACAAGUGUGGUUCUGUUCUCAUUUGUUUCAUUUUUUGAAAUUCAAGAGUACCCAGAAAAAAGGCUUAGAGGUAAGAGCAUGAAAAUGCAAAAAAAAAAAAAAAA